CAUGUCUUCAAAAGAAUCUCGUAGAAGAUCAAAUAGAAGAUCUCAUAGAAAACCUAAAUGGUAUUAUUGUAAAUUUAAUGAUAGUUCUACAAGUACAUCAAGUAUCACGGAUGAAGGAUCAAAUGGAAGUUCUUCAAGUGAUGAUUAUAAACAUUAUAAAUUUCGAAAAGGAGAAUACAUAAAGGAUUAUAAAGUAAGAAGACAUAUUUCUGAUGGAACUUUUGGAAGAGUAUUGAAAGUAAGAAGAAAAAAUUCAAAAUCAUAUGCCAUGAAGAUUGUGAGAAUUAAUCAUGCAGAUAGUGCUUAAUAAGAAGCAGAUAUACUAUUUUAUUUGAAAAAGAAAGACUUAAAUAGAUACUUUGUUGAAAUAAUAGAAAGUUUUUAUCAUAGAGGAUAUUAUUGUAUGGUGUUUGAGAGAGUAUUGUUUGAUAUAUAUUGAUUUUUUAGCUUGGACCAAGUUUAUAUGAUAUGUUAAGAAUGAAUCAAAAUCGUGGAAUUCCAAUGAAUUUGAUUAGAUGCAUUAGCAGAUAAUUAUUAAAAUGCAUUGGACUUUUACAUGAUUUAAAAUUAACACAUACAGAUUUAAAACCAGAGAAUAUUCUUUUUAGUAAAAUACGUUAGUUAUAAAAAGGGCAAAAUGACAUGUAAGAAAUACUUUUAAAUUUUAUUAGGNAUUACUAUUAUUACAAUUACUAUUAUUAUAAUAAUUAGAUUUAUUAUUAUUAUUGCUGUUAUUAUGA